AUGCCACACCCUUGUCAUGCCAACGCUCCAGAUGUCAUGGGAACCGAUAACAGCUGUGGCUGGUGUGCUCAGGCUGCGUGUGAAAAGCUGCUCCAUCUGCAGAAACCCAAUCCCUCUGUGAAACCAGCGUAGGAUUAGGCACUUUUGAUAAGGUCCUCAAGACAUCUUUAUUAACAAAGCACAUCUGUGGGACCGACAAACCUGGGAAAUGUUUACACUGUGUGUGCAUUUCCAAAAGGAUGCCCAUAUGUGUGUGUUUGUAUGUGUCAGGAAAAAAGUGAUGCCCCUUUGUGGCAAAACAUUAGUGGGAUUAUUACCCUUGUGUUGAAUAAUGAGUCUUCUGAUAUCCUUAGUGUGAUUUUUUGCAAUUUUACCCCCCCCCACGAUAUUGCUUUAACUAUAAUAAGCCAUUCAUUUGCAAGAGGCUUAUCACAAUUAUCAGGUUGUUGAUGAGCAAAGUCAGUCUUUAACAGUUUACUAAAGUGAAACAAGAAACUGAGAUCAUGGUGGCUUGGAUAAAAAAAAAGGGGAGGAGAAAUGUCCCAAAAAAAAAAGAAGUACAGAUGCCAAGGACACUUAAAUUAGAGGGUUAGGGGAGCAAUGAGGCAGGUUUGAGCAGUGGAGAAGGCUCUGAUUUUCAGAUUUGACCUCACAGCAGUUGCUAUUGUAAUACUGUCAAAUGCUGACAGUGCAGGGCUUCAGGCUGAGGUGCCACUAUCGUCCGCCUCCAAGGCACAGGUGUAGCAGCCAUGUCCACUGGCUCUGCGGCAAGCGACGCUGAGGACUAUGAGACAUGCUGCAGGGGGAGUGCAGACCCUUUGGAGAGGGCCGCGCGGAAGACUACCUGCUGUGAUCCGCACACGUACUCGGACGAGGAGCUGGAGGAGGACGGUGUGGACGCGCGGACGAAGCAGCAGGGGCGCAGACUUCCGAGGACGCACCACAAGGACGCGCGCCAGUCGCAGAGAAACGCGGCCAACGCCAGGGAAAGGGCGAGGAUGCGAGUGCUGAGCAAAGCUUUCUCCAGACUAAAAACCAGCCUGCCCUGGGUGCCGGCGGACACCAAGCUGUCCAAACUGGACACGCUGCGACUCGCCUCCAGCUACAUAUCUCACCUGAGACAACUCCUGCAGGAGGACAGGUUCGAGAACAGCUUUGCGCGUCCAGUCAGUCUGACUUGGCCGUUUAUGAUGACAGUGCGAGCAGAGGACCAAGACAUCUCAGCUACUGUUAGACUUUGUGGAGCCACAGCAUAGAAACCACUUCUUUCUUCUACUCAAACUGAAGAGAUUAACAAGAACAGAAAACCACUUCUUCCUCAUCUUUGGUCAUUGCUUUGUGUGUGUGUGUGUGUGUGUGUGUGUGUGUUUUAAUGUGGCAUGUGCAGGAUUGUGUUGUGCAUGUUUGCUGAAGUCACUAGGAUGGCAUGUUUACACUCUUGUAUUCAUUUAUAUUUGUUUUCUAUGGACACUGUAUUAAUGAAAAUGACUUCUGAUCCCAAAACUGUAUCGAUGAUGCAGUGUAUAGUUUUGUGACCCUGUCUGUGAUAUACAAUAUCAGUGUGUUUAACAUUCUUUCUUUUCUGCAUGUAUUCGGGUACUUUUUUUGUGCAGGUAACAUAGUACAGCUAUCCGUUUUGCUACUUUGAUUUGAAUAUACCAAGUAUUAAAAGGCCCACAGGUGCAGCAGCAGCAGCAGGAGGAGGGAAAUCUAUUUAUUGUGUUCAUGAUACUGUAUGUUUUAAAAUGUUUGCAUUUCAUAUAAAACAGUUUG